AUUGUUUUUUAAAAAUAUUAUAAGUUGAUGCUCCUAAAAAGAAUCCUAAAUCUGUCUCUUGCUGUCAUUUAUGGAUAACUUUCUUUGCUUGUUUUGAAAGGAUUCUAAUCUACCAACUUGCUUUCUUUCACUUUAAGUUUUUCAGGUGUUGGGUUUGGCAGGUGACGUCUUUUAUCAUUGCAAUGACAUUUACAUGUUCCCAUCAUCAAUGGUUUCUUCUUUUCUUGAUUAUAUGCAAUUAUUAUAUCAACCCUCUUUAACAUUUUUUUUUUAACUCAAAGUAACAUGUUUCAAGGAUCUCUUGUUAUUCUGAAUAGUGUCUAAUGAUGUUCUAGCAGACUAGCACAAACUUUUAACGUGCACUGAUAAGCCUUUGUAUUGAAGUUCUGUAUUCAUUUCUAUUAGUUUGAAGAUGGUAUCAGUGGCGCUUUCGCUGUGCAGUUCUAUUCGGAUUUAACGAGUCUUCAGGCUAUAGAUGCUGAUAUUGCAAAACACUCCACAUUGUUCAAGCCAAAGCUGUCCAAAUGAGGAUGUCCAAAAUGUCUUCCUGGCUUUCAGGUUAUCGUCUUUGGAUGGUUGUUUGUGCAACGACUUUAGUAUUGCUCGGUGGCUUAUCAAGAUCAAACCAUCAAGAUAAAAUUUCUGUUACCACUUUUAAGUUUCAGAAACCAGUGACACUGAGACUCCCAUAUAAAGGGUAUGGCUAUCCUCCUGUUCUUGCUUAUUGGAUUUGUGGUACUAAUGGAGAUAGUAAGAAAAUGAUAAGGUUACUAAAGGCAAUAUAUCAUCCAAGAAACCAGUACUUGUUGCAACUUGAUGCUGGUUCAUCUGAGUACGAAAGGGCUGAGUUGGCUCUUUCUGUUCAAUCACAAACUGUGUUCCAAGCAUUUGGAAAUGUUAUCGUUGAAGGUGAAAGCUAUGCAGUUAACAGGAUGGGAUCUUCAGCUCUGGCUGCAACACUUCAUGCUGCUGCCUUGUUUCUCAAGAUUAAUACAGAUUGGGAUUGGUUCAUUCCUUUAAGUGCCUCUGAUUAUCCCCUAAUGACUCAAGAUGAUCUGCUCCAUGCUUUCACUUUCCUGCCAAGGGAUCUCAACUUUAUUGAUUAUACUAGUAAUCCAGGCUGGAAGGAGAGGGAAGAGAUGAACCGAAUUGUUUUGGACCCCAACUUAUAUUAUCAAAGGAAUAGUCCAAUUUACUAUGCUGUAGAAACUAGAAAACCAGAUGCUUUCAAGAUUUUUGGAGGCUCACCUUGGGUGAUUCUUUCAAGAUUCUUUAUGGAGUUUUGUGUCGAUGGAUGGGAUAACAUUCCAAGAAAGUUAUUAAUGUACUUCACCAACGUAGCUUACCCUCUUGAAACCUACUUCCACACGGUAAUAUGCAGCUCACCUGAGUUCCAAAACACAACAUUGGACAAUGAUCUAAGGUACAUUAUUUGGAAUACCCCUAAGCAAGGAGAACCCAAAAACCUUGACACUUUACACUAUAAUCAAAUGGUUGGUAGUGACGCAGUUUUUGCACAACCAAUACAAGAAGGUGAUCCACUGCUAAACAAGAUUGAUGAAGAUGUCCUAUUCCGCCUGCCUGAUAAAAUAGUGCCUGGAAGCUGGUCCUCUUGUCAAGGUGAGGAGGAGUUAUGCUCUACUUGGGGAGACAUUGAUGCUGUCAAGCCAGGUCCCAAAGGUAUCAAACUUGGUGUUCUUCUAACCAAGCUUGCUGCAGAAAGAGGAGUUAGACCUAGUCAGUGCCAUCAGCAACAAUAAAGUAGAAAAAAGAAACAUGGCGUAUAGGCCCCAUACCAUUUUGAAGUCAAUCUGGGCCAUGAUAUAACAUCAUGGAGUGUUACUUUGCUAAUUCCACAAGUUUAUGAUAUUGUUCCUUUCCACAUUGGCAGCUCUUGAUGGCCAAAUAUCUGUAAUUACACCUCUUCAAAAUGUUCUCAGCAAAAUGUCACAUCAACAUGAUGGAAUCCAGAUGCUCGAUGGGCUUGGAUAUAGUUAUAUAUUGGCUUUUUGACACCCAGGUCAGUCAAUCUGUAAGUUUUUCAUACUAUUUUUCUUGCUAUCCUACUGUUGUUAAGUGAAACACAUUGUGAGCUCAUUUAUAUGGAAAAAAGGAGGGAUUUGAA